GCCCAGUGCCCACCAUCACGGUCGAGGAAGCGGAGCAGCCAUCGUCUUUGUCGACUAAGGCGGGCGAUUCCGUCACGGCUCAGAGGUAUGCGGACUACGUUAAGCAUCUCAAGGCUGCGCAGCGAGGACCAGCUGAUCAGCCGAUACAUCAUCAAGUCAAUGCCGCCCAGGGCUCGGUCAAGAAGCUGGAGAAGAAGAUGGAAGCUGAUCUCGCCCGUGUGCUUCGACUUCGGCGUGAGUUGGCCGAGCAGGGAGAUGCGCUACCUGAAACUCGUGAAGCGAUGGUGCAGGCGGGCGCUGAAUACAAGGCGCUGGUGGUCAAGCCCAUCCUGGAG